AUGGACACAGCAACGAUGCUCUCCGCUAUCAAAGGCGACAAAUUGAAAGAUUCGUCACAAUGGCGAGUAUGGUAUAAGCGAGUGAAGGCAUUCGCAGUACAACGUUCGGUAUGGGACCUCUGCAAUCCAGAAGUAGAGAUAUCCCACCGACCACGGGCUCUCAUUGAGCCAAUUGAACCUGAAUACCCUCAGCAAGGUUCUCAGGAAAAUAAGAAAGAUUGGAGAGACCUACUUGAGGUCUAUAAGAUCAAGGCAAACCGCUGGGAAAAGCAGCGAAAAGGCCUAAAUGAGGUGAAUGAACUCAUUAUCAUUUACCUCGACACGUCAAUUCGUGAUGCAGUACUAGAAUCUCAUGCGUAUAAGGAAGAGAUUCGUAUGAAAUGGAGAGCUUUCUCGAUCCAAAAACCGAUUGGAGAUAUCGAGAAAUGGCUGAUAUCUUGGGAUGAAUUACGAGAGCAAGCAAUGACCCUCGAACUUCCUGAGGUCCAAAGUGCGAAUCAAGAUUUCCUACAGGCUAUCAAAGAGGUUUUACCUAUCUGGUGGCAGGCAAAAUAUGAAGAUAUCGUGAUGAAUAGGACGAUAAUAGAUACGCGAAAGCUAAUCGAAAGCUUCCGUUCUAUACAUCGUGAAAUUAGUACGACAAUGCCUACCUCACCGACAUUGAAAGGGUCCUUCUCUACCUGGCAAGGUCAUCAAGAAGCUAAACAAGAAGACGUGCCAUUUGACAAGAGACCAUGCCCAUGCGGCAUGAAGAACCACGGACCUGCUAAAUGCUAUUUCCUCAAUGAGGCACGGGAAAUUAGAGAGCAUUGA